AAAAGCCCUAAAAAUGUUAUUAUAUUUUUGUCAAGUCAUAGACUCCGUCGACUUCUCUGUUCAAGCAAUUAAACCCUUCGAAUCCUAUUGUACAAAAUAUUUUCAAGCAGCACCAUGGGAAAAGACUUCUAUAAGAUUCUGCGGAUCCGUCGCGAAGCCAGUGUCUAUGAGAUCCGAAAGGCGUACCGUAAGCUGGCGCAGCGCUACCAUCCGGACAAGAACAAGCACUCCCACGCUGCGAGACGCUUCCAGCAGGUGGCCGAGGCCUUCGAGGUCCUGUCGGACAGGAAGAAGCGCAACCUGUACAACGACCUGGGCGAGAGGGGUCUCCGGCUCGAAGGCGUCUCCGGAUACCAGUUCCACAGUGAUCCGAACGCCACCUUUGCUCAGUUCUUCGGCACCAACGACGUCUUUGCGGUUGGAUCAGGAUCAGGGAGUGCCCGCCGCCCAAAGAAUCAGGCGAUAGAAUAUGAGCUUCUUGUGUCACUGGAGGAAAUAGCCAAGGGGUGUAUUAAGCGCCUUGAGAUCUCGCUACAGAGGACUUCGGCCAGCGGCCGGGCAAAUCAAUUUAAGAAGACACUCAUCGUCGAUAUCCUUCCGGGUUGGAGGGCUGGCACCAGGAUCACCUUUCCCGACGAGGGCGACAAGGUGCCCAACCGUGCGCAUGGCGGCGUGGUGUUCGUUCUCCAGGAGAAACCACACAAGUACUUCCGCCGAGAGGGAAGGCAUCUACGCUACACCGCCCGUAUCUCGCUGAAGCAGGCGCUGUGCGGGGCCCAUCUGCAUGUUCCGUCGCUCCUGGGCAAGCCGCUCCUAAUCUGCACCCAGGGUGAGGUGCUCAAUCCGAACUCCACGCGGAUCUUUCCAGGCCAGGGACUGCCCUAUCGGAGGGAAAGCUCACGCCGCGGCAAACUGAUCGUCGACUUUUUAAUUGAGUUCCCGACAGAAAUAUUGCAGGAUAACAUCCUCGAUUUUAUACCUUCUGACUAACUUCCAAUGGGUCCCAGCCUCAUAUCUUAUGGGGAAUGGACGUUGAGUCUUAAGCUUGUAAUACCAUUGAAUUCCCAAUA